AUGGAGCCUUGGCCGCCGCCGCCUCCGCCGGCGGUCGGCGACCUGGCCCUCCGCCUGCUCGACCUCGCCGAAGACCUCCUACUGGCGGUUUGCAAGACCCUCCAACUCGUUGACCUCUGCCGCCUCGCCCGCUGCAACAAAGUUGUGCGGGCGCUUGCAAGCAACGGCUCGCUUUGGACCAACAUCAGCUUCCCACCUUCCGGUGCCGAGAAGCUUACGGACGGGAUGCUGGCCAAGCUGCUCGAGCGCGUCCAGGCCAAGCAGCACACGGAGACCGUUAGCCUCGCUGGCUGCACUCGCAUCGACGGCAGCGGCCUGGAGCCGCUCCGAGGCUCGACUGUCCUGCGUACUGUCGACCUGCGCCGCGCCGUCUUCCGGAAGGGCCUCGUCAAGGCCACGCCCUUCGACGCCUCGGCCUUUGCGACACUCGAGUCGCUCGCUGCAAGCGUCGAGUCGCUGCGUGUCCUCAAAGAGGACCGCUACCCGGGUAGGCUUCGCGACGAUGCCCGCCUCCGUGAGUGUGCCAUGUGCGUUGAGGUGUCGGAGGCGGGAGCCGAGGCGGCAUUCUUUCGCGGGUGCAUCGAUUGCGAGCGCACGUUCUGCUACCGGUGCGUCGUGUAUGACACGUCGUGGACCGAGCCCGCGUACAUGUGCGUCGAAUGCAACGGCGGCGAGGAGAGCGGCGAGGAGAACUGA